ACAGCAGCCUUCCCGCGCUCCUUUUCGCGCGGGGUGGAGUUCCGCUCGCUCAUUCUUUCCUUCAUUCGUCUGUCCGCCCGUGGACUCCUAGGCCUCCCGCUUCUUCUGAAACCAACGCCAAGGCUACCGCCGCCCGAGUUCCCCUGUGUCGGCCAUCUCGGCUCCGCUUCUCCUGCGGGGGGAUUUCAAGAGGCGCCCAAACCGCAACUUCUUUCAAAACCGACUAAUCCAGGCAAGGAGUCCGAUUACAUCCGGGGUAAUAACGGGUGUAGGAGACGUUGACGCUGGCAAGAUGGUGAACGUCCCCAAAACCCGCAGGACCUACUGCAAGAAGUGUGGGAAGCACCAGACCCACAAAGUAACCCAGUACAAGAAGGGCAAGGAUUCUUUGUAUGCUCAGGGAAAGCGGCGGUAUGAUCGCAAGCAGAGUGGCUAUGGUGGCCAAACAAAGCCCAUCUUCCGCAAAAAGGCAAAGACCACCAAGAAGAUCGUGCUGAGAUUGGAAUGUGUGGAGCCCAAUUGCAGGUCAAAGAGGAUGCUGGCCAUUAAGAGGUGCAAACACUUCGAGUUGGGAGGAGACAAGAAGAGAAAGGGCCAGGUUAUCCAGUUCUAGGCUGCUGUGGAACCCAUUGUUGGUUGGUCUAUGAAAUGUUAUAAAAGUCUUAUUGGACCACCCUAAAAAUAAAUAAAUAAAUGAAAUAAAUAAAUAAA